AUUUCUAUAGUUGUAUUUUGUUUGUAUAUAUUCAGUAAAACACAAAAAUAUGUCAAAAAAUAUUGAAAAUCAGAAAACUAUUGACCACAUUGUCAUCCGAGGCGAUCCCUAUACGAGAGGCUAUAGUUAUGGACAACAACUAAAAGAUAGGAUCCUAAAGAAUCUGCAAUUUUAUAAACAAAGAUAUGUUAUGCUUGACUGGACACAAGUGGAAACGUUUGUUAACAAUAAUUAUGUAAAAGCUUUGAAACGAUAUUAUCCGUCCGGUCUGAACGAAAUGAAAGGUAUGGCCGAUGGAGCUCAGGUAUCCAUCGAGGAUAUCAUUGUGUUAAAUGCCAGAUACGAAUUGAUGCGCUGGAAUCGGGAUCUGAUUCGGACACAAUCGGACAACAAAUCGCCGACCAAUGAUAUAUCUGAGCUAACAAUGCAAAAACAAUUGCCCCCCGAAUGUACAUCGGCUAUGUGUUUGUCGAAAGCCACCAAAAGCGGACACAUCCUGAUGGGUAUCAAUUGGGAUCAAAACAAGCGUAUGCUCAACGAUGAUAUGGUGGUACUGUUGGAAGUACAUCCCGAUCCCAGCGAACAUAUGGCGCCGUUUUAUAUGCUUACAGAAGUCGGACAAUUAGGCAGAUAUGGUAUCAACGCUAAUGGAUUGGCCAUAACUGGAAUGAGUCUAUUCUCAAGUGAUGACUUCUUUGGCAAAGACAGUCCAAAAGGUUAUUUACCGAUAGGUCUAUUGAGACGACUGUUUAUUGAAUCACCUAAUCUUUCAGUGGGUUUAAAACGACUAAUCGGUGCGCCCAGACAUGUGUCGGUCAACAUGACUGUGGCUUCGGCUGACGGAUUGGCCAUCAAUCUGGAGAUGACUCCCACCAAAUACUUUGUCACUUAUCCAUCAAAGAAAACUGAUUCUCUGACUCACUGUAAUCUCUUUAAGUCGAAAUCGUUUUUUGCCGACUCGUCGGUCGACGACACCUAUCAUUGUGGAUCAUCACUGGUCAGAGACCAUCAAAUGCAGCGACAAUUGCUCGACAAAUGGGGAACAAUUGACGAAACAAGUUUUACUGAUUUAUUCAAAGAUCACGUUUCGUUUCCCGACAGUGUAUGCGCUCACAUACCUGUGCCGGGAAGGGAAGAUCUGUCGACAUAUCCCAAUAUGUGUACUGUUGCUAAUAUAGUGAUGAAUUUGACCACAAAAACUGUACGCAUCUGUAGAGCUAAUCCGUGUUGCGGAUUGUUUCAAGAGUAUAGGCUUUAA